GACUUAUCAAAUAAUUCGCUGCGACACAUCCCUCACAACACUUCCCGCGAUAUGAAGAAACUGGAAGUAAUGUAAGGGAAUUCCUAAUGAUUUAAUUUAAACAGUUUAUAAAAUGUGGUUGUGAAAAAACGAGGAAGCGUGUGGAAAAGUAUUUCCCAUUUUUUCAAUUAUAAUAAACAACUAUUCACUUAAGUGGGGGUGGCUAGUGGUGGAUAUUUACCGAGCCGUGAAGAGUCGAGGUAAAUAUCCAUCACUAGCCACCCCCGCUUAGGUGAAUAGUAGUUUUAGCUAGUAUAUGGUAAAACAGUGAGAUAGUGGAGCGCAUCAUUUGUUUCUCGAUGCGUGAGCGGGUGGUAUAUUACAAAUUUGCAAUCCGAGCGGGCAGUACUCCCCCAUCUGACCCGCUCACAGUGGGCGGUAUCCUAACCGUUGCGUGUUCAGUCGCCUGGUACAUCCCUAGCUUGCUUGCAAAUUUUCAUAACUAGAUAGAUACAUAUAUAUAUAUUUAUAUCUAUCUGUAUAUCUAUCUGUAUAUCUAUCUAUCUAUCUAUCUAUCUAUCUUUGGUUUUUCCUGCCUUAAUUUCAUGACAUUUGUUAUCAUUUCUUCCCAGAUAUCUUUCCGAGAACUCCAUUUCUGGCAGUUUUAACGUUCCAGAAAACGUUUAUUCUCUGUGAGUUAUAUGUGAUGAAGUGCUUCUUAAAGCUGUGUGCCACAAUUGAAGUACAUUAAGGUUACUGCUAAAACAUUGCUCUAAGCUUGUAUUCUCCAAACAUUAUGAAUAAAAUGAUGAUGAACUGCUUAAAUUAGUUUUUCCUUUCCUUUCCUUUGUCUUAUUCAUAAAAAAAAAAAAUAAUAAAUAAAAAAGAAAAAAAAACUGUCGAUAGAUAUAUGGAUGCAUGAAAAAGCGUAAUAGUAAUAAAUGAGGCUGCGUGAAUUAUUUUAGCCCACUGUCUAACACUUAUAAGUUAAUUUUAGUUAUUGCAUUUGUUUAGAAUAAUCAGUCACAACUUACUAUCAAUCGCUGAUGUGAAGGUCAUUCUGAAAGGAUUAACACGGCUUCAGAAACUGUAAGUGUCAUCUUUAGGGAUGACUUAAAAUCCCAAAAAAUUAUUUUCGAAUGCUUUAGGCAUAUAAUCCUUGGAGAUAUUCGCUAAAUACUCGUUCAUCACAGUUCGCGCGAGUAGUUCGAUUCAUCAAAGUUUAUAAUGAAUUAAAAUUUCACAUCUCAUAUAGGCCUAUAUGUAAUCAGCAGAUGGUUGCAACUCAUUUCAAAUCGUUUACUUUUACAGAGUAAAAUCCAAUCGCUCUGACGAAGGGCUAACGCUCGAAACGUCAGCUUUUUUACCCUUUACGGUGGCUAAUCUACGUUUUCAACCCAGUUGUUAACACUAAAUUACCUACUUUUACAGAGACCUUAGUGGAAAUCCACUCGGACCUUCUCUGCCAUCAGAUAUCUUCGCUGGGUUUGAAAAUAUGACACAACUGUAA